GGAAGCGGGAGGGGAGAGUGAAACAGGAAAAGAAGGGAAGGAGGAAGAAGAGGAAAGAGGAGGAGAGGGAAGAGGAGGAGGGUGGCGGCGGCGCCGUGGCGGAGGAGCAGGAGCAGGAGGGGGGAUGGAGAGGAGAAGGCUCCUGGGUAGCAUGGCGCUCCUGCUCCUCCAGGUGCUGCCCAGCCCCCUGUCAGCCGGGGCUGAACCCCCGCAGGAUAAGGAAACCUGCGUGGGUACCAACAAUCAGAGCUACAUCUGUGACACAGGACACUGCUGUGGACAGUCUCAGUGCUGCAACUACUACUAUGAACUCUGGUGGUUCUGGCUGGUGUGGACCAUCAUCAUCAUCCUAAGCUGCUGCUGCGUCUGCCACCACCGCCGAGCCAAGCACCGCCUUCAGGCCCAGCAGCGGCAACAUGAAAUCAACCUGAUUGCCUACCGGGAAGCUCACAACUACUCAGCGCUGCCAUUUUAUUUCAGGUUUUUGCCAAACUAUUUACUACCUCCUUAUGAGGAAGUGGUGAACCGACCUCCAACUCCUCCCCCACCAUACAGUGCCUUCCAGCUACAGCAGCAGCAGCUGUCUGCACAGUGUGGCCCUGCAGGCGGCAGCCCCCCAGGCGCCAAUCCCACCAGGGACUCCCAGGGGGUACAGAGUAGCCCCUUGUCUGGACCCAGCAGAAGCAGCACAAGACCUCCAAGCAUCAUCGCUGACCCUGAGCCCUCCAACACCGACAUGCCAGCCAACCCAGCCGCCACCAAAGCCCCUGGAAUAGAGCCCAACAGCUCUGUGGCUGGCCUGGGGGAGCUGGCCCCGAGGGUCUUCCUGGACAAGGAUUCUGAAUGUAAGGAGGAGCUGCUGAAAGAUUACAGCUGUGAGCAGGGCAUUGCCCUCCCCGACAGCAAAGACAAGACGCCUGGUAGACAUCGCCGCUUCACAGGUGACUCGGGCAUUGAGGUGUGUGUGUGCAACCGAGGCCACCAUGAUGACGACCUCAAAGAGUUCAACACACUCAUCGAUGACGCUCUGGAUGGACCCCUGGACUUCUGCGACAGCUGCCACGUGCGGCCCCCUGGUGACGAGGAGGAAGGGCUCUGCCAGCCCUCCGAGGAGCAGGCCCGAGAUCUUGGGCAUCCCCAUGUGCCACGGCCACCCGCGUGCCUGCUGCUGAACACCAUCAAUGAGCAGGACUCCCCAAACUCCCAGAGCAGCAGCUCCCCCAGCUAGAGCAGGCGCUGCCUGUACCUGAGAACUUGGCAAAGCAACCAGGGUAGAGGAGAACCACGAGAGAAGCAUUAAGUGACUUUCGGAGAAAGUGGUACAGCCACUAGGUCCUUGUUUUUCUUUUUCUUUUUUCUUUUUCCCCUUUUGUUCCUGCAUUUUCCUACAUCUCCAGGUACAGUUUGGGGUGUGGAUGCUCUCCCCACACAGAUGCUCAGUGUUGUGGAGGGCUGAGAAGUUGGUUCUGUGACUCAUUCCUCAUUCCCCACCCUGUCCCCCUUUUCUCCUCUUCAGGUCAUAUCUCACUACCUGCCAGGGUCAGAGAGAUGUGUGUUUAAGAAACCCCCAAGGAUGGGGGCUGAGACUGUGCCCUGAGGUGACUCUUGGUGAUGGAGUGGGUUUUUGCUCUGGUAUUAGUGUAAGAGAACCUUGCUGUGUCAGUCUGGCAGAGGCGGCAGGUCGCAGCUCUGGGUGAAGGACACCUGCAGAGACCCAGGGUUGUCACCCCUCAUGGCCAGUAUCUGCAGAGCCAGAGUCGGGCUCAUCCUGCGGGAGGAUGAGGGCUGAUGGGCAGCUGUGUAGUAGGUGGGUGAGGGUUUGUUGCAUUUCCAAAUUGUAGGGGACGAGAUCGAUGCAUCACUGCAUCUUUGAGGGGCCCUGGCCUGCACGUUCUGGCUGGCUGCAGGCUGGUUCAGAUGUGGAAGAUUAUGCUACCUUCUCUGGUUUUUAUUUUUAAAAAGAAAAAGAACAAAAGCAAGCUAUAAACAAAAUCUCUACCCGUGGGCAGGCAAAAAUUCUGUCCUGGAAAAGGGAAGUGUACAGCUUUGCCCCAGAUGGCCUUCAAAGAGCCUGGCUGCAAGUGAGCCAGACGUUUCGUGUGCCGGCUUGGGGAGGCUGUCCCUGGGACUUCUGUGGGUGCACAGGAGGCCUGAGCCGGGCAGUGGAUAGAGUGCAGCUUUCUGCCUCUCUGCACUUAGUCUGUGCCCGUAGGUGACCGGGGCCCUCCCCCCACCCAGCACACGGCUUGCAGGCCUUUAUGUCUCAGUGUUCUAUAUGAACAAAGGAGGAGGCUAUGGGUCCUGAGGAAGGGCAGCCCCAUAGCCUGGCUCUCACACAGUCUUUUCUCUUGAUGCUGAAUAAGUUUUGUUUUUCUUUUUAACUGACCACUUGGGGAAAAAUUGCCUUGGUUAUCUGUGGUUUUCAUGCUCUCCCCCCACCCCUUGUAAGUGGGGGUAACUAAUCGUAGCCUAUCUAAAGAGUCUGAGUGGGCCAGGGAGUGUGGUGAAGGCAGCCGUCAAGAGGACCACAGGAUCCUUAUUACUAUAGUUUGGCUUCAGAAAACCAGUUGAGCUUUGAGAGGAAUAAUCUGAAUGGGGAAAGCAAACAGCCGAAACUAACAUUCCCUGCCCAGCCCUGUUCAUAUGAAGAGUUUGGUUCUUCCCCCACUUUGAACAGUGACAUUUAGACUAGGCAUUAAUGUUAUGAUAAGAAAGGAAAAAAAUAUAUACGUAUACAAAAAUAGACAAAUCCAAGGCUGUGUGGUGAAUGAGUACCUGCGUUUGGCGACUACAAAACCAAAAUCCAUGUUGAACAAAGUGAAGUCCAUAUACAAUGACUUUUUGGAUAACCUGUGUGUGUCUGUUUGUUGUGUGUGAGCCCCAGCCCUGUUUUCCUGUGAAUAUACUUUGAAUGGCAGCCAUUAUGCUCACAUUAACCAUACAUUUGGAGCAAAUGUGGCCCUCUCAAGGUAAUUUAUUUUAUGCAUUUACUGUUUACUGAACAAAUGUCUGACUGUGUACUCGUGUAUUCAGCAGCAUUGUCGACGGCAGUCCCCAGUGUUUGCCAGAGAUACUGUCCUCAAAGUAGAGGUUUUACUCUACCCAUCACUGCAAUUUGCACAUUGCUCCGUGGACAUACGGAGGCCUGUGUUCAGUUCCUUGUAAAUGGAAACAUGCUCUGAACUUGUCUGCCUCCCUUGGUUGCUCCUGGCCCUUGGUGUCAGCCCCCUGGGGAUGUUCACAACCACUCGGGACAGAAGGUGAAGGUGGAACUUCAGACAGAAGCUUAAUUGGAUCUUCAGGGACAAGCUUGGACUAGCUGUGGCCCAGACAUCAGCCCUGUCCAGAAUUGCCAGGAGGUUUUGGCAGACACCACAGGGCUUACCUCCCUCUGCAAGCAAGCUGGUGUGCGGCGAGAGUGGGCGGAGUGCGUCAGUAGCCCUCAGAUGCCUUUCCUUCCACGGCUAAAACAAAUUCUCCAACAACUCACUGAAGUGUCUCCAAGGAGAUCAAGUUUUACCAAAAUGAUCCUCCUUCAGUUCACUGAUCAAAUGGAUAAAUUCUGUCCCUCUCAAGUUUCCUUCCCUCACCAGAGUGGGGAGCUGGUCUGAGUGUUAGGUUCACUGCAGCGUCCUACCCUCAAGGCAGGAGACGAGGAUAAGGGAACCUGGGGAACGGGGCUUGAUCCCAGCAGUCAGUGUCCCCUGCUCCAGGAGGCUACCCCGAGUGCAGAGAGAUGGAAAUGGGGAGUUGAAGGACUAGUUAGGGGGCCAGGGAGAUUUCGAUUGAGUCUGGUUUUCCAGGUGAAUGAGAAGGAAGGGGUUGGUCGAGGGUUUGGUGCUACAGUCAGAUUUGCAAAUGUAACACAUUCCUGCGUGAGGCACAUCAUUUGUCAGUUAUUGUGAAUAUUUGUAUUUUAAGCAAUAAGAUUCAGCUGGUCAGACCUUUCUGGGCAGUCUCGGUGACACAUUUCCUGUGCUGUGAUUGUUCUGAAGACAGAGUGGCUCUAACCACUGUGAGAAGCCCAAAUAAAAUCAGUCCCCAAAAUUUUGCUGCGCUUUUUUCUUGAAGCAUUUUGUUCCUUUUUUCUCUACCUCAGACUUCAGGGGGUCGAACCUCAA